AUGCAUCAGAGAUACUUUUGGACUGAACAGGGCCAAGUGGCGCUCCGCGGGCAGUUCAUGUCAGAGGGCCACGGGUACUUUGCAAUGGCCGAGGACGAGCUGGCCAGCGGCCCCUACAUUCCGGGGAGCGACUGCGGCCGCGGUGACUGUGGGGACGAAGGCGGCUUCGACGGACCCUGCGUGGACUACUGCGACAGCCCCACGGCGCACUGCAACGUGCUGACCUGGGAGCAAGUGCAGCGGCUGGACGGCAUCCUGAGCGAGACCAUCCCGAUCCACGGGCGCGGCAACUUCCCGACGCUUGAGCUGCAGCCCAGCCUGAUCGUGAAGGUGGUGCGGCGGCGCCUGGCGGAGCAGCGCAUCAGCGUCCGCGACGUGCGCCUCAACGGCUCUGCCGCCAGCCACGUCCUGCACCAGGACAGCGGCCUGGGCUACAAGGACCUCGACCUCAUCUUCUGCGCUGACCUGCGCGGGGAGGCAGAGUUUCAGACUGUCAAGGACGUAGUGCUCGACUGCCUGUUGGACUUCUUACCCGAAGGGGUGAAUAAAGAGAAGAUUACACCACUGACGCUCAAGGAAGCUUACGUGCAGAAAAUGGUUAAAGUAUGCAAUGAUUCUGACCGAUGGAGUCUCAUCUCUCUGUCAAACAACAGUGGCAAGAAUGUGGAACUGAAAUUUGUCGAUUCUCUUCGGAGGCAGUUUGAAUUCAGUGUAGAUUCUUUUCAAAUCAAAUUAGACUCUCUGCUUCUCUUUUAUGAAUGUUCAGAGAACCCGAUGACUGAAACAUUUCACCCCACCAUAAUUGGUGAGAGCGUGUAUGGUGAUUUCCAUGAAGCUUUUGAUCACCUUUGUAACAAGAUCAUUGCCACCAGGAACCCAGAGGAGAUCCGAGGAGGAGGCCUGCUCAAGUACUGCAACCUACUAGUGAGGGGCUUUCGACCUGCCUCUGAGGAGAUCAAGAGCCUUCAGAGGUACAUGUGCUCAAGGUUUUUCAUCGACUUCUCAGACAUUGGUGAGCAGCAGAGAAAACUGGAGUCCUAUUUGCAGAACCAUUUUGUGGGCUUAGAAGACCGCAAGUAUGACUAUCUCAUGACCCUUCACGGAGUGGUCAACGAGAGUACAGUGUGCCUGAUGGGACAUGAAAGAAGACAGACUUUAAACCUUAUCACAAUGUUGGCUAUCCGAGUGCUAGCUGACCAAAACGUCAUCCCUAAUGUGGCCAAUGUCACUUGCUAUUACCAGCCAGCCCCUUAUGUGGCAGAUGCCAACUUUAGCAAUUAUUACAUUGCACAGGUUCAGCCAGUGUUCACAUGCCAGCAACAGACCUACUCUACUUGGCUACCCUGUAAUUAG